AUGCGCAUACACCAGGGAGCACCCCUGAAGGACGCCCCCCCGCACGACAUACCCAUUUUGACACUCUCUCCCUCAAACUCCCACCCCCCCUUGUGCUUCUCUCCCCCAAUCUUGCAGCAGAGGAGUGAAAAACAAAAGGCCAUCCUGCGCCUUCUGCUGGUCCAUGUGGACAGCGAAAGUCACACGAACAAUGGAGAAAAAAUCCUAAUGGUCAAUUUGAUAAGGCUAAUUGAAAGGGAUGCGAUGGAACUUUUUUCCUUCUAUCCAAAUAUUUGGAAAGGAAAUAACUCCACUUUUUUUUUUUACAUUUUGUCGGCACAACAUGUUGAGAAAAAUUUGAGCAUCAGUUUUUUCUCCCUCCUUAAAGUCUCACAAAGCGCCUACAAAAAUGUGUACAUAGCUUUGCUGCUGUUCAGUUCGAACGACUUUGAAACGAAAAUGAGAUGCCUGAAGUAUGUUUUUGGCCAGUGUGUGCUCAGUGAUGGGAGUACCCAUGAGGGGAAGAAGGAGGGCGGCCAAGAAAAACGCACCACCUCCUUCACCGAAGCGACAAAGUAUUUCCACUUUCUAGUGGAAGAAAACGAACCCAUAAACGUCGAAAGACAGAUGAGUUGCUUCUUCUUUUCGGUGAUAGCUGAUUUGAUCAGGCAGGACUACCUAUCGUUGCUGAGGGAGAGGAAAAGGGAGAAAGACGAACUGGGGUUGAAGCUCCUGGUGAAACGAACGAGAAAGAAAUCGCAAACGAAAAAGGAAUACGUGAACGACCUAAUUGUCUACUCUGCCAGUAGAAACAUCCUAAGUGCCUACUUUGAGGAUCGUGAGGAUGCCAUUAUUAGUGAACAUCCGCGGGGGGGUGAGCAGCCUGUGGGUAAGAAACAGCUCGCAGAGGGCGGCCUCAACGGGGAUCGCCUCAACGGGGAAGGAGGCAAACAAUUAACCACGCCUAAAAGGGGAAGCACACUCUGCAACGUAGCAACAGAGGAAGAAGCAACCCUAAGGGGUACCAUUGAAAAGCACUACGAUGUGGACUUCCUCAAGGGCAUUUUCUUAUAUGUAAAGAACAUGAUAAAUACAUAUUACGAGUGUUUUGAAGGGGAGAAAAAAAGCAGCUCGGUUGAGAUGAGGAGGAAUUACCUCACCUGUUUCAUCACCCAUAGUGUAACCAUCCUAUCCCACCUAUGUCUGCUGAACGGUAGCUUAAUCAACAGCUGCUAUGAAUUGGUAAAAAAUGUUAAAAAGAAAUUUGCAGCUCACAUGAACACAUCUAUGGUCAUUCCUAUGGCAAAUUUUAUUUUAUUUUUUUCCUCCCCCGAGAAUUUUUUCCAAGUGUCUAAUUAUCUCCUCACCCUUUUUGCAAUGGAAUUUAAAAACUACCUUCCAGCCGUUUCCUUCUUUGACUUCAUCAUGAGGAAUGUUCACAUCCUUCAUCAGAGGAAAUUCUUUUUUAAAAAGUUCUGCUCCAUUAUACUGAAGGCCUAUUUUUUUCACCACCAAAUUUUUAAGAACGACUUGAUUGCCCUUUUGCCUUUCCUAAUUUAUGAGAAUAAUUACAAAGACGUUUUUUGCUUCCUCCUCUACGCCCCCGUUUUGGUGCACCGGGAAGGAGUGGUAUCACAUCGGGGGAGAAAAAAAAAAGUUGCUCCCAUAGGGGGAGUUCCCACGUGGAAAUAG